AGAGGCGGGGUUGAGAGCUCUGAACCGCGGCGGAUUUCCUCCAAGGCAUCAAAAACCGAGUCCGUUUCUUUUAUUGCCGCCGCCGAUUUGACGGAUUUCCCGCCCUCUCACGGUUCACUGUUCUUCAACUCGUCCUCCAUGGCAACGUGGAGCCGUGACGCUGUGCUAAACCUUUAUCGUGCACUGUUGCGGCAGGGACGUGGCUUGCGCUAUACUGAUCGUGAUUUCUAUCUCAGCUCGAUCCGGAAAGAAUUUCGCAAGAACCAGCAUCUUACGUCCCCAGAAGAUAAAGAGCGACAUCUUAAAAAGGGCCAGGCUUUUUUGCACAGCAAACUUGGAGGGCUUAUUUAGGAAAAAAAAUUUUCUUGUCAUAUAUUUCUUUCCUUUUAUUUUCUUUAAAUUAUUUAGUAAUUUGAACUGGAUGGUCAGUAUCAGAAGUCUGCUGCAAAUCUGUAAAAAACAACCUCUCCAAAGUAUCCCACAUAUAUCCCUGGGAGCAUUUCUCCCUUUUUGCAGAUGCAUUAAGCCUCAGGAGCAAUGGCAGGCUCUGGAGAGCGCAAAGGAAAGAAGGAUGACAACGGGAUUGGCACGGCUAUUGAUUUUGUGUUGUCCAAUGCUCGACUUGUACUGGGAGUGGGAGGUGCGGCUAUGCUGGGGAUUGCUACCUUGGCUGUCAAACGGAUGUAUGACAGAGCAAUCAGUGCUCCAGCCAGCCCCACCCAUUUAAGCCAGUCAGGAAAAAGAAGCUGGGAGGAACCAAGCUGGCUUGGGUCAUCAUCACGAUUACUGAACCAAGACAUGAAGACAAAUUUUAGCCGUUCUCUGCAGACCCUGCCCACAGAUGCUUCAGAUUUUGAAAUAGAUUCAGUCAAACCUAUGAAGCAUAAAUCACCUGCUAAGAGAAGCCAGGUAGAAUUGAAGAAAUCCCGCCUUCGGAUGUCCUUGCAAGAAAAACUAUUUACUUAUUAUCGGAGAAAGGUGGCUAUCUCUGUAGAAGAACAGAUCAAAGCUAAGCAAGCUGCUGUGGAUAUCUGUGCUGAAUUACGCAGUUUCCUCCGUACCAAAUUGCCAGACAUGCCUCUGCGUGAGAUGUAUCUGAGUGGUAGCCUCUGUGAUGACUUACAGGUUGUGACAGCUGAUCACGUUCAACUUAUUGUUCCUCUUGUGCUAGAACAGAAUCUAUGGUCAUGCAUUCCAGGUGAAGAAACCAUUAUGAACAUCCCUGGCUUCUGCCUAGUACGUCGGGAAAACCCAGAGUAUUUUCCUCGUGGUAGCAGUUAUUGGGACCGCUGUGUAGUGGGAGGUUAUCUUUCCCCCAAAUCUGUAUGUUGUACCUUUGAGAAAGUAGUAUCUGGCUCCAUCAAUUGGCCAGCAAUUGGAUCCCUCCUAGAUUAUGUGAUCCGUCCAGUCGCACCCUUAGAAUCUCUGACUUUGGAGGUCCAGUAUGAACGGGAUCUGCACCUCCUAAUAGACUUUUUACCAUCUGUGACACUAGGUGAUUCUGUAUUGGUAGCCAAGCCACACCGCCUGGCCCAAUAUGAUAAUCUAUGGCGACUCAGCCUUCGGCCAGCAGAGACAGCUCGCUUGCGGGCCUUGGACCAAGACGAUUCUGGUUGCCGUUCUUUGUGCCUUAAGAUCCUCAAGGCCAUAUGUAAACUGAACCCAGUUCUGCAUCGUCUUUCUGCCAGCCAGCUUACCAAUGUAAUAUUACACCUGACCCAAGAAGAAACUGAUUGGUCACAAGAUGCAAUAGCUGACCGUUUUCUUCAGGCAUUGAGAAAACUAAUUGGCUAUUUGGAAGAAGGAAUUCUUCCGAGUGCUUUAAAUCCCAAGGUGAACUUGUUUUCAGAGCUUACUACUGAGGAAGUAGAUGAAUUAGGCUAUACACUGUACUGUUCACUUUCAGAACCAGAACUACUGCUGCAAAUGUAACCGCUGCCUUAAGUGUGAGUUAGUGUUGGAACUUACUUGCCAUGACAGUUUGUCUUCUGAGUGACUUAUGCACAUCUUGUCCUGGUUAUUUUGCAAGUCUGCCUCUGUAUUUUAU